AUGCCUCCGUCUCUUUGUAACGUCUGCGCAACCCUCAACAUCGAGGCCAUCGCGAGUAAACACGGCUUUGCUCUACAUGAAAACUUGAUCGAUCUCUACAAGUGUGCAGACACAUGUGAGCUGUGCAACCGAGCUGCCAGACGCAUACGUCAAGAAAAUAGCGCACUGGAAAACACUGAUAAGAACCAAGACUCUCUCGCCAAGGCGCAGGCUCGCCUCUUUUACGGACAGCACGUUCACCAUGUACAUCUCCUAAGCGUAGUGGUAUCAGAUGUUGACUCACAAACACCAAGUCGUAGCAAGCCACUCACUUGUCUUUUGAUCAAAACUCAGGCUGGAGAUCCCGCACAGGCGUUCGGCGUGGAUGUGGCAAACCUCGUGCCCGAAAGCAAUUCCAGCGUGAUAUCAACUAUUCGUGCUUUACUAUGGCUGAAGGAGUGUCUUUCUAGCAAGGACUGCUUUGAAGGGUGCUCGCAUUUUGUUAACGACAAGCUUGAAAAGAGCCUGAUUGGUGCAGAUGAACUUGGUCACAGCUCAAACACCUUCUCUCCGUCAGACAAACACGGCGACUCGGUCGAACAAACCCAGUUUCAGCGUGUGCAGCUAUCUGAGAAUAUCAAGCUAUUAUACCAGGAAAGGGCACACAACCAGACCGACGAGACCACCAAGGAAGAAGGCGCCGCGAGACUAGUUGAGAUCCUCGACGAAGAAUCCAGCAUCAAGCUCAAGUUGGUCAACGGCUCGACCGACUGUACACCUUACGUAGCUCUGAGCUACAGAUGGGGUGCUCUCGAAGCCGUCUGGCAGACAACCACCGAAAACCUGGACUCGCGACGGGAGCAAUUCUCCAUCGAUGAGCUCCCAAAAACACUAUCGGACACGGUCCGUGUUACCAAGGACCUUGGCUUCCGAUGGCUUUGGAUCGACAGCCUCUGCAUCGUCCAGAACGAUAGAGACGAUUGGGCCAGAGAAGCUGUCAAGAUGGCUCACGUCUACCAAAACGCCAUUGUCACUAUUGCUGCCGAUUCUAGCCAAGACGCCAAAGCAGGUUUACACAACGACAAGUCAGUCUCUAAGUUGGAUAGAGAUCACAGCGUUCAGAUCACCAACACGCUUUCAACAGGUCAAAAGAGCUCAAUUAUCGUCUUUGGCUUCCGACAGACAAAGGUCGAUAGCCCAGUUACCAAGAUACGUGAUAUGGGCGAUCUCCUAAGUCACUGCUCACUACGAGAUAGAGGGUGGACAAUGCAAGAGCGCAUCUUGUCACCUAGAAUCAUACACUAUGCCUCAGACCAACUUUACUGGGAGUGCUAUCACGGCAUUCAAGAAAGCGAAGAUAAACUCCAUUGGAUGGGCCAGAACUCCAAUAUCACCAAAACAGCGCACAGAGUCAAAUUUGCCAAAGAUGAAGAGACAAAGGCAAGAGAGCUGAGGAAGAUGCUUCACUAUUGGUACGUGCUCUUGGUUGGGGGAGAUUACUCCCACAGGACUUUGACCUACGGCGAUGAUAAACUAGUCGCCAUUGGUGGCGUUGCCAAAGCCUUCAAUGAUAUUGCACCCCUGGGAUACAUGGUUGGCCACUGGGGUGAGACUGAUAAUGACCUGAUCAGGAGUUUCUGCUGGUCACGAGGUAGCCCUGGAAGAAAGUCACCUGAUUAUCGUGCGCCGUCAUGGUCGUGGGCGAGUCAGGAUUCAGCCAUUAACUACGUUUAUUUCGACUUUAUUGGUACUGCCGACGAUAAGAUUGCUGCUGAGCCUGUGGCUUGGGGAGGUCAAACCUUGGACGACAGUGUGUUUGGUCGAUAUCAGAGUGGCUAUUUACAGCUAAAAGCCAAAGUUGCACGCGGUUCAGUAUUUCCAAACUGUGGUCAUGACUUCAAAAAUUAUUCCCAAGCGGGUACUAGUGGUGGCUUCACUGUUGAUCCUCUGAAAGAAAAGUGCGCUUUCUUGAUGCUCGAAGGCGGGGAAACUUCAGAUCUUGUGUGGUUGGAUGAGAGCCAAGCAAGUCAGGAGCCGAUUCGUGAGCCUAUUAGUGUCAGGGUCGUCAUGCUAUCGGAAAUCAGGGAGAAUGGCGUAGAACCUCGACCAGGAGCUUGUUUGGUCUGUACUUUGGACGAGAAUUACCAUUUGACCAGAAUUGGCUUCACAGAGUCCUUUAAGCUGUGGGACGAGAGGAAUGAUGAAAUGGCUCCUCCUGUUAGUGGCUCGCCGAUCUGCGAUACAGAGGCCUUUGAGAUGAUACUUAUUUAA